GUGUUGUACUUCACAAAUUUUAUUCUACUAUUUUUAUUAAUAUUAACAUUUAGAAACUUCGUUUUCGAUAUCUUUGUUCAGUUAUGUGAUAUUUGUAAUAUAUUAAAAUAAAAAUUAUAUUUUUUUAUAAUAUUUAAAUGCCCACCACUAUACCAAUUAAAAAAUACAUUUCCAUAUUGGAACUAAAUUAAUACAUAAUGAACCCUAUUCAAAACUUAUAUUUUUAUUUUCUUCUUGCUUGUCUUUUACUUGAAGGAUUGCACAGUAGUAUACGUAGUCGUAAAGAUUUAUGUCCCAAAAUAUAUCCAUGGAUAUUUGUUGGUUAUAGGCCACUGAGUAAAGAAUCAGCAGGAAUAUAUGAAAAAAUUCCAAAUGUUACAUUUGAUGGUUGUAUAGCAAAAUGUUGUGAAACUUAUGGAUGCAAUAUUUUAUUUAUGCACAAAAAAGAUUGUUAUACACUUUCUUGUAAAACAAAUGAGGAUUGUACCCCAGUUUUUGCUAAAGAUCAUUCUAGUUUUUUAGAUUUCAAAAUGGUAUUGGUUUCUCCUGUUUUACCAGCUAAAUUUUGGAAUGAAGUUUUGUUAAAUGACUUAGAUAAUUCACUUUAUCAAGAUGGUGAUAAAGAAGAAAAAAUUUUUUCUUUGGAUAAAUUAUGUGAUAAAAGUACAGAUUGUUCUGAAAAUGAGUCAUGUGACCCACAAAUUGAUAUAUGUAUUUGCUCUAUUGGUUAUCAACUUGAUGAAUCUAAAAAAUUCUGCAUUCCUAUGAAUUCAAAUAUAGGCCUUAACAAUACAGGUUUUAUCAUUGACGGAGUUAAUGAUAUUAUUGAUCAACCUUUAAAUUCAUUUAAAAAAGAAUCAGUUGAAGAAGAAUCUCAAAAACCUCCAGAAGUUAAACGAUUAGUUGUGUCAGUUUUAUCAAAAACUGUUAGAUUACCUGAAAAUGAAGUAACUUUAUCUGCUUAUACAGUUCCUGCCGAUGAAACAGGCCAUAGUUAUCAAUAUGAAUGGUCAUUAAUUUCAAAAACUCAAGGGUCUGGUCAAACAGUAUCUAUGAAUGAUCAAAAUGGAAGUACUUUAAAAUUAUCUCAUUUAGUUGAAGGUCUUUAUACAUUCAAAGUCACUGUAACUAGUACUAGUACUUCUGGUGAAGCACAAACCAAUGUUACAGUUUUACCACCUCAACGAAUUAAUACUCCACCAAAGGCUAUUAUUCAACCAUCAUCAUUAGUGGUUAAACUGCCUAAUACUGUUGCUGUACUUGAUGGUUCAAUGAGUUAUGAUGAUGCUGGUAUUACUCACUGGCGUUGGGAAUUGCAAAAAGGGCAAUUAGGUUACCGGCCUCAUUUACCACCUGAUACACCAACUUUGCAAUUAAAUGAUUUACAAAUUCCAGGAAAUUACACUUUUAAAUUAACAGUUAUGGAUGCAUGGAAUGCAACUGAUUCAACUACUGCUAAUAUUACAGUGACUCGUGUACCAGAUUAUCCUCCUGAGGCUAAUGCUGGUCAAGAUAUGGUUGUAUAUUUACCUGUGAAAAACGUUACAUUAAAUGGAAGUUUAAGUACUGAUGAUCAUGGUAUAGUUGCAUGGGAAUGGACAAAAAGCUCAUCUGAUCAAAAUAAAGCUGUUGAUAUACAAGAUACACGAACUCCAUUUCCUAGAUUAUCCAAUUUAGAGGAAGGUCUUUACACAUUUGUAUUACGUGUGACAGACAAUGCAAAUCAAACCUCAAGUCCUUCUGAGGUACAUGUUUUUGUUAAACCACCAACAAAUAAACCUCCAAAUGCUGUUGCUGGAAAAAAUGAUACGAUAUCUUUGCCUCAAACAUGGACUUUAUUGGAUGGAUCCAAAAGCAGUGAUGAUAUUGGAAUUCAAAAAUGGAAAUGGCAUCAAAUUAGUGGUCCAUCAAUAGUACAUUUUAGUAAAGCAAAUGAAUCAAAAACUAAUGUGACAGAACUAACUAAAGGCUCAUAUUUAAUUCAACUUACAGUUACUGAUGGUAACGGUAACAAUGCAUCUGAUAUUAUAGGAAUAACAGUAAAUCAAAAUAAAAAUACACCACCUAAAGCUAAUGCUGGUGGAGACAAAACAGUCAUUUUGCCAGUGAAUGCAAUUGUUCUUAAUGGAUCAUUAUCUUGGGAUGAUUUGGCUAUUGUUAAAUGGAAUUGGAUCCGAGAACAAAACUCUUUAGCUGCUGGAAAUAUUAUCUUAGGUUCAGAAUAUUCUCCUAUAUUAGUGGUAACCAAUGUUGUAGAAGGAAGAUAUGUGUUUCGUUUAAAAGUUACUGAUGAUCAAGGAGCAACCAGUGAAGAUACAGUUUCAGUCAAUGUUAAAUCUGAUCUAAUAGCAAAGUCAAUUAUAAGUUUAACACUUUAUAUUGAAGCUAGUAGACUUACUCAAAGACAAGCAGAUGAAGUAAUAUUAAAAUUAGGUAUGUUACUACCGACUGGAAGUCAACUUAAAGUGAGAAAAUGGUCUGAAGAACAAAAUUCCAAAAGAGCACAAUUAUAUUUUUUUGUCAAUGAUAGUAAAAACAAUACUCUACCUGGCCCUGAUGUGGUAUCAAUGUUAAAAGCUAAACUGAAACAAGAUUCAUCUUUAUUGCAAUUAUCUGUUGAUAAUAUUCAAACUACAAUUUGUCAGAAUAAUUGUUCAGGUCAUGGAAUUUGUGAAGAAGAAACACGUAUUUGUGUUUGUGAAGCAUUUUGGAUGCAUAAUCUUUACAGAACCCUAUUUAGUGAUGGUGAAUCUAAUUGUGAUUGGAGUAUUUUGUAUGUAGUUAUUAUAUUAAUUGCAAUGUUUGUGACUACUGUAUUUUGUUUCUGGAGUAUCGCAUGUUUUUGUAAUCGUUUAUGCUCUACAAAGAGAAAAAUAAAAAAAUAUAAACUAGUUGGAGAUGGUGAAAGUCGUUCAAUGAAGACAACGUUGACACACUUGGGAUUAUCAGACACAGAUUCAGAUUCAGACAUCUUAUUAGAUGUAAGAAAGGCAAAAUUAAAUCAGAAUAGUUUAUCAGAUCGUUUAUUAAAUGGAUCUAGGUAUAAAAAAAACAAAAGAGUAAAUGCUUAAAUUAGGAUGAACAAGCAAAUAAAUAAAUUGUAAAAAUUAUAAGUAGCUACUUAAAUAAAUGCUUAUUCUUGGAAAAAAGAAGAAAUUAUUGUUACCCCUCAUAUUUUUAAUAAUUAAAUCAUUGAUGAUUCUAUUUUAUUUUACCUAUUAUAUCCUACAUUUUUUAAGUAUAUUUUACUAAAGCUUUAUAGAAUGUACUUUAAUGUUUACCAAUAAAUAUCUAGUCAAGCUUAAGUUGUUUAA